UAACAUCUGACUAAAAGCUUGCUAGUAAAAGUUUUACAGAUAAGUAUUUGUCACUCAUUCGAAGAGGAAACAGAAGAAUGAAUACUGAGGACAUGGAAUUGAAAAAUGGAAUUCAAAGUAACAGACACGAAGUGGACAACCUUGGAUUUGAGGCUCAGGAGGACAUCAUAUCAAAUCACAACAGUGAGAUAGCAGUGACGGAGUCAGAAAGAGAGUCCAAAUCAUUUGUAAGCAAAAUAUUCAAACCCAUCAUAGCUACUGAAAACUUUGUGAAGACUCACUCUCAAAUCUUCAAAUACAUUGGCCUGGGGAUACUUGGUGCAGGAUUUGUGGCAUACUUUGUUGCUGCCUGCUGGCUGAACUUCCAGAAAGCCAUUGCCCUUGUUGUCCUUACCAGUGUGACAGUGUUUUUCACAUUAUAUGAGUUUGUGAAGAAGUUCAAGGGAGAGACUAUAAGAAACUUACUAAAACCCAUUGUUAGAUGCUUCAAUGCCAACAUCAGGUGGAUAAAAUGGGUUUUCAUAUUAGUAGUGGUAGGACUGUUGGUGGCCUGGCUGGCAGUUGACACAAGGCAAAACCCAGAGAAGCUAAUUUCAUUUGGUGGUGUCUGUCUGUUUAUCCUUGGGUUGUUCAUCUUUUCUGCAAAAAGAUAUGCAGUUCGCUGGAGAACAAUCCUCUGGGGGCUUGGUUUACAAUUUGUCAUGGGCCUGUUUGUCAUAAGGACUUCGCCUGGUUUAAUAGCUUUCAGAUGGCUGGGAGAACAAAUCCAGAUUUUUUUAAACUACACAACCAAGGGGUCAUCCUUUGUGUUUGGCGAUUUGGUAAACAACAUCUUUGCGUUUCAGGCUUUGCCUAUAGUGAUAUUUUUCAGCAGUAUUAUGUCAGUUCUCUACUACCUUGGUUUGAUGCAAUGGAUUAUCAUUAAGAUUUCGUGGAUUAUGCAGAUAACAAUGGCAACCUCGCCUACAGAAUCACUGAGUGUUGCAGGGAAUAUAUUUGUUGGACAGACAGAAGCACCACUGCUGAUCCGUCCCUAUUUAAAAGACAUGACCAAGUCAGAGAUCCACGCUGUCAUUGUUGGAGGUUUUGCCACAAUUGCAGGCAGUGUGAUGGGAGCUUUCAUUUCAUUUGGGAUUGAUCCAUCCUCUUUGAUUGCUGCCUCUGUAAUGGCUGCUCCUUGUGCCCUGGCAAUGUCCAAACUCUCAUAUCCUGAAACAGAAGAGAGCAAGUUUAAAUCUGAAGACAAUAUUAAAGUAGAAGGCGGUGGUGAACAGAAUAUUCUGGAGGCUGCUUCUAAUGGAGCAUCUGCAUCUAUUGGACUUGUAGCAAACAUAGCUGCCAACUUGAUUGGAUUUCUUGCCAUUUUGGAUUUUAUCAAUGCAGCUUUAAGAUGGCUGGGAGGAAUGGUGGGAUAUCCAGGCAUCACAUUUGAGAUUAUUUGCUCAUAUAUAUUCCUGCCGGUGGCCUUCAUCAUGGGCAUACCAUUUAAUGAGUGCUUCAUUGUGGCUGAACUUAUUGGCACAAAACUGUUCCUCAAUGAGUUCAUAGCUUUUGAAAAGCUGUCAAAACUGAAACAGAAUCGGUUAGAUGGCAUUACAGAAGCGGGGAAAUACAUUUCAAUCAGAUCAGAAAUAAUCAGCACCUAUGCUUUGUGUGGCUUUGCCAACUUCAGUUCACUUGGAAUUGUGAUUGGAGGCAUGGCUUCCAUUUGUCCUUCAAGAAAAAGUGAUAUUUCUGCUCUAGUGCUAAGAGCCUUAAUAACAGGCACUUGUGUAUCCCUGGUUAAUGCUUCUAUUGCUGGCCUUCUUUUUGUUCCUCCACUAGAUUGCUUAGAUGUCUUAAAAAAUGAAACUUUCAACCUCAAUAAUAAUAAUAUCCAAACUUGUUGUUAUGACCUCUUUGAAAGUGCUUGGAGAAAUGAAACAGUAAUUCAAUUUAAUGGAACUUGGAGCAAGGUGGAAGAAGCCAUUAUUUAUUUCACAAACUGCUGCCAACUUUACAAUGGAACUAAUUGCAUUUAGGAGGAUAUUAAUUUUAGAAAGUGCAAACUUGUUUAACAUAGAUAUUAUUUUAAGGUAAUUACUUAUUAGUUUCUGGCAUUUGUGUUUUAUGUAAACAAUUACAUUUAUCCCCUGUGUGCUAAUCAUAUUCUGUAUUCUUCCUUUAUUUUAAGGGUAAAAAUUACCUGCCUUUAUUAAAUCUUUAAAGU